AAACCCCUGCACUACGGGACCCUCCUGGGCAGCAGAGCUUGUGCCCACAUGGCAGCAGCUGCCUGGACCAGUGCCUUUCUCUAUUCACUGCUGCACACAGCCAAUACAUUUUCCCUGCCCCUGUGCCAUGGCAAUGCCCUGGGCCAGUUCUUCUGUGAAAUCCCCCAGAUCCUCAAGCUCUCCUGCUCCAAAUUCUACCUCAGGGAACUUGGGCUCAUUGUGGUUGGUGCAUCUUUAGGUUUUGGUUGUUUUGUGUUCAUUGUUUUCUCCUAUGUGCAGAUCUUCAGGGCUGUGCUGAGGAUCCCCUCUGAGCAGGGACGGCACAAAGCCUUUUCCACCUGCCUCCCUCACCUGGCCGUGGUCUCCCUGUUCCUCAGCACUGGCACAUUUGCCUACCUGAAGCCCUCCUCCAUCUCCUCCCCAUCCCUGGAUCUGGCCCUGUCAGUUCUGUACUCGGUGGUUCCUCCAGCCCUGAACCCUCUCAUC